AUGGAUCAGCUUAUAGCUAAAGAUCAUAGGUACUGACUAAAAGAAGGGAAUAAACUGUAUGACAAAAAUUUGUUAAAAGAAGCAAUAGAAUGCUAUGACGAAGCAAUUAAGCUUAAACCUAAUUACGCUCCUGCCUACCAGGAAAAAGGCAGUGCUCUUGAUGAUUUAGGCAGAAGUGUUGAAGCAAUAGACUGUCUUAAUGAAGCAAUCAAGCUUAAGCCUAAUUAUACUACUGCAUACAUCAAUAAAGCCUAUACACUUCAUCAUUUAUGCAAAAAUCUUGAAGCAAUAAAAUGCUGAAAUAAAGCAAUUAAACUCAAGCCUGAUGAUGCUCAUGUACACUAUAAUAAAGGAGUCGCUCUUAAGGAUUUAGACAGGAAGCUUGAAGCAAUCGAAUGCUAUAGUGAAGCAAUCAAACUUCAGCCUGAUCAUGCUAACGCUCACUAUAAUAAAGGCUCUGCUCUUUUGGAUUUGGAAAGAUAUGUUGAAGCAAUAGAUUGCUAUAAUGAAGUCAUCAAACUCGACCCCACCGAUGCUUCUUCUUACUAUAAUAAAGCUAUUGCUCUUAAGCAAAUUGAUCGAAAACUCGAAGCAAUAGAGUAUUUUAAUCAAGCGAUCAAAUUCAGACCUGCUUAUGCUAAAGCUUUCUAUAAUAAAGGUUUAGUUCUCUCUGACUUAGGCAGGAAUCCAGAAGCAAUAGAAUGCUAUAAUGAAGCGAUCAAGCUUAUUCCAGACGAUGCAUCAAUUUAUUAUGCCAAAGCACUUGCUUUUCGUAAUUUAGGCAGACAGCUUGAAGCCAUAGAAUUUUAUAAUGAGGCGAUAAAACUAAAGCCUUAUUACUCUGAAGCUUACUUUAAUAAAGGAAAUGAUCUGACUCCCCCCUUUAUUAUUGGAACAAAAUAUAGGUAAAAUUUCCACUUUUUUGAUAAAUUAGCCCCCUUUAAAUUGGAACAAAAUUUAAUUUUAUAAUAAAAAAUUUUAUAUAUAAAAAUAAUAAUUUUUAUGUAAAACGUUUUGAUAUGAGUUAAAUGUUUCUUCUUAACUAAAAUUAAAAAUUUAGUUAUAUCUUGCUCUUGUUUAAAGAAGAGAGUAUAAAGAGCAUCUUAUUUAAAUAAAUUUAUUAUCCUUAAUUGAUAAAUUUUUAAAAUAAAUUAUUUUUUUUUUCAAAAAAUUUUGUUUUUUUGAUAAAAAAAUGAUAUUUUUUAUUUAAAUAAUUUUGAUAUAAAUUCAAUGCGGAUUCUUUACAAAAAUGCAAAAUUUACUUAUCCCUCGCUUUUAUUUUAAAAGAAUAGAGUAUAAAUAACAUCUUAUUUAAACAAAAUUAGCACUUUGAUCGAUAAUUUGUUUUAAUUUUUUUUUUAUCAAUAAAAAUAAUAAUUUUUGUGUAAAUAGUUUUGAUACCAAUUAAUAGUGGCGUAUUAACUAAUAAUAAAAAAUUAGUUACAUCUUGCUUAGUUUUAAAGGAAAAAGAAUAAAUAGCAUUUUAUUAAGCAAAUUUAUUAAUCUAAUUCGAUAAAUUUUUGAAAUUGUUUUUUUUUAAAGUUUUAUAUAAAUUUUUUUAUAAAAAAUUUUAUAUUUAUUUUAAAAAAAUUUUCUUAACCCCCUUUAAAUUGGACAAAAAAUUUUUGUUCAAAUUUAAAGGGGGGGAGUGAGUGAUUUAAAAAGAUAUUUAGAAGCAAUAGAGUGUUAUAACGAAGUAUUAAAACUUAAACCUGACCAAACUUCUGCGUAUUAUAAUAAAGGCUUGUCUCUUUGCGACUUAGACAGAUAUAUUGAAGCAAUAGAAUGCUUUGACGAGGCGAUUAGACUUAGGCCUGGCUAUGCUAAAGCUUACAAUAGUAAAGGAACUGCUCUUGAUACUUUAGGCAGGGUUGCUGAAGCAAUAGAGUUUUAUAAUAGAGCUAUUGAAUUCAAGCCUGACUAUGCUAUGGCGUAUAAUAAUAAAGGCCUAGCUCUUAAAGCUUUAGGCAGGAGUGAGGAAGCAAUAGAAUGUUUUACUGAAGCGAUCGAACUCAUGCCUGACAAUCAUCUAUACUUCUCUGAUCGCGGAGCAUUGCUCAAUGAUCUAGGGCGAAAAAAAGAAGCUCAACUGGAUUUUGAUAAAGCAAAAAUUUUGAUGCAAGAAGAGCAAGCAAGAAAAAAUAAUAAUAUCGCUAAAGGAAGUGUUGCAAAAGUAAAUACUGCUUUUAGCAAUAGCAUACCUGAAAAAAUUUCAAAAAGGAAGACAAAAAAUAGAAAAGCUAAAGCAAAGUCAACAAUUGCCAAGCGCAUAAAUAAGAAGGGAAGAAAUAAGUCAGAAACUUUCGCCCUGUACAUUUACAGAGUCCUUAAGCAAGUUCAUCCAAACAUUGGGAUAUCAAAAAGAUCAAUGAGCAUUAUGAAUUCAUUUAUCAAAGAUAUUUUCGAAAGAAUCUGCUUCGAAGCAAGAAAUCUUGCUAUAUAUGAAAAGAAAAGAACUCUCAGCAGCAGAGAAAUCCAAUCUUCUGUAAAAUUGAUACUCCCUGGUGAACUUGCGAAGCAUGCUCUCAGUGAAGGAAACAAGGCAUGCACUAAAUUUGCAUCAUAA